AUGUCCGGGGAGGUCUUAUUCCAGCGAUUGAAGAAAGACCUUCUUCGAAAGAUGCGCCGCAAGAAACGCGAGCUGGAUGUGAAGGAGAAGCUGCGGCUGCUGCAUGCGGCCAUGGCAGACUACGACUCUCAGGUGGCGGAGCUUCUGCCGUUCUUCAUCAGCAACACCGAAAGAGAUAGGGCUGAAAAGAGGCUGUCAGAACUCCAAUGGGGAAUUGCAGACACAGCAGAGGGACAAGAGAUGAAGCAGAGAUGGAAAAUGGACAGGCUGCGAAGGGCGCCUCAGCGCCAGUCCAAGGACAUCUCUAUCUCGUUGUCCCCAGGCAUGCGGCUUAUGUUGCGGCCGUCUGGGCUUGGAAACUUUCAGCUCUUCUCUCGCCGGAAGGUUGGACCAAACCAGAAUCCCAACGAGGUUGCGCUUGGCAUCCACAACGAUGGCAAGGUAAUCGACGUCUACAACAACAAGCCCAACCCGCCUUUGAUCAAGCUCCAGCCGACCAUCGCGAUCGAACUGAGCGCAAGCUGA